AUGGCGAUGGCAGCGUGGUACCACCGUGACAUCAGCCGCGUGCAUGCGGAGGACUUGCUGGCCCGGGCUGGAAGGGACGGCAGCUUCCUGGUCAGGGACAGUGAGUCUGUGCCUGGAGCCUACGCCCUCUGUCUGCUGUUCCAACGGCACGUUCACACUUAUCGUAUUCUUCCUGAUGCAGACGGCCUGUUGGCUGUACAGACAUCUCAAGGGGUGCAGGUGAACUGUUUCCGUACGCUGGGGGACCUGGUGUUGGGGUACCAGCACCCUCAUAAGGGUCUGGUCACCCCCUUGCUGUACCCUGUGGGGAGGGACACAGAGCCUGGUGAGGAGAGCUCAGGUGAUGAUGAGAAGCCAGGGCUGGUGUGGAGUCCCAGCCCAGCCCCAGUCUCGGUCAGUACAGCUCCCCCAGCAGGACCCCCAGUCACCUCAUCCCCCCACCUCCUCUUCCUCCACAGGCUGCAGGAGCUCAACACACCCAGCAUGGCAGGUGAGGUGGUUGGGCUGCUCAGUGAGUAUCUGUGCAGUGAGCUGCCUCUGGAUGUGGAGGGUCUACGUAGAGGAGCAAAAGGCCUACGCCAUCUACACCAAACCCUGGGCACCGCAUGCCAGGGACUCAACAGUGAGAUUGAUCUGACCAUGUCCAGUUUGGAGACGCUGGCCAAAGUGUUUGACCAUCCCACCUGCCCUUUAACCUCCACCAAGUCACAGAAUAUGGGUAGAGGUCCAGACAUGGAGUUGGACAGCCUGCUGUGUAAGAUCUCUGCCCUGGUCAGCCUGCUGUCCUCCCUGGAGAAGAGGGUGCUGAAAGCUCUUCAAGAUGCUGUGACCAAUCACAACCUGGCUGUGCAGCCUGCCCCUUCCCGUGAGCCCGCCCCUGUCUCAGCUCCAAACAAUGUCAGGCCCAUACCUGUCCACUCUUUUCAGAUUAAGAUGGUGCGUUACGGCAGACAGACAGUGUCAGUGGACUUGGACACAGGAGUGCUGCUGUUUGACAGGAAGGCCGGGUCAUUCGGAGCGGAGACAGUCUCACACGACCGGAUUCUGCAGCUAGUCAAGUUCCAGAGCAGUCCAGCCAAGCUGCGCAUGGUAGUGGACAGUCAUCACAGCACCCCACGAGAGCUCAUGUUUGAGAGUGCAAGGAAACGGGAGGCGUUCUGCCAGCUGCUACAGCUGAUGAAGACCAGACACUCCCAUCUGAGCGAACCUGACGUCAUCUCUGUGUUUGUGGGCAGCUGGAAUAUGGGUGGCUCCCCUCCCCCUCGCAGUCUGCAGUCCUGGGUGACGUGCUGUGGUCUGGGGCGAACCCCAGAUGAGUCCACAGCUCUGCUGCCUCAUGACAUCUACGCCCUGGGUACCCAGGAGAACUCUCAGGGGGAGAAGGAGUGGACCGAGCACGUCAAAGCUACCCUACACAGCUACACUCAUAUAGAGUACAAACAGGUGGCAGUACAGUCGCUGUGGAACAUGAGGCUAGCAGUGUUCGUGAAGCCGGAGCACGAGAGUCGCAUCAGCCAUGUAAACACAGCCAGUGUGAAGACUGGCCUGGGGAACACACUGGGAAAUAAAGGUGCUGUUGGGGUUUCCUUACUCUUCAACAGUACUUCUUUUGGAUUUGUCAACUGCCAUCUGACCUCUGGCAGUGAGAAAGUAGUCAGGAGGAACCAGAACUGUGCGGACAUCCUCAGACUGUUGUCCCUGGGUGACCGGCAGCUCAGUGCCUUUGACGUCAGCCUGCGCUUCACACAUCUCUUCUGGUGUGGAGACCUCAACUACAGACUAGAUCUGGACGUACAGGACAUUCUGAAACAUGUUUCCAAGCGGGAGUUUGAUGAGCUCAUGUGUGCUGACCAGCUGACACGAGAACGACACAAGAGGAAGGCCUUCCUCAAUUUCAAGGAAGAGAAGAUUGCGUUUCCGCCCACCUAUCGGUACGAGAGGGGGUCCAGGGAUAGUUACCUGUGGCAGAAGUACAAGACCUCUGGCGUGCGUGUCAAUGUGCCAUCAUGGUGUGACCGGAUUCUGUGGAAGUCUUACUCAGAGACACAUAUCACCUGCAACUCCUAUGGUUGUACAGAUGACAUCUUCACCAGCGACCACUCGCCUGUUUUUGCCACAUUCCAUGUAGGGGUGACAUCACAGUUCAUUUCCAAAACAGGUGAUUGUGACCCAAACUCUAGCAUGGAGAGGGCCUGGAUGGAGUUGGAAGGUGUUGAGGCCAUUGUGAAGACGGCCAGCAAAGCCAAGUUCUUCAUUGAGUUUCACUCAUCCUGUCUUGAAGAGAUCCGCCGUUCCGUAGAGAAUGACUCACAGAGCUGUGAUGUGCCUGGCUUCCUCAAACUGGGCUGGUCCCCCAAGCAGCUGCCCAAGCUUCUCCCGAUCCUCUCAGACAUGGAGUACCUUCAGGAUCAGCACCUCCUGCUGUCUGUCAAGUCAUGUGACGGAUUUGAGUCAUACGGUGAGUGCUGUGUGGCGCUGCGCUCCCUUAUCGGCGCGGCAGAGCAGUUUGAGACGUUUCUGACCCACCGGGGCGAGGAGAUGGGCUCCAUACGUGGGCGGGUCAGGGUCCACGUGCCCAAGGACCGGCGAGGAACACGGGAGAAGAUCUACGAAUGGUUCUGCUUUGAGAAGGAUGAGAAGGCUCUGGUGAGGGGAUGCUUGUCUCCUCCGUCCACUCAGGCACCUUUCAGCCGAUCCUCACCGCCUCCACCCAAGCCGGCCCCUAGCAGUUACACAAACCCUGCCUACUUCAUAUUUGAAGGUGUGUCUGUCCUGGGAAGAGUAGAGGAGUCUCCACCCCCUUGCAGGGACCCUCAGGUGGUCUGGGCCGGCGACUCCGCGCUGCAGUUACCCAAACUCUUCGGGGGGCGUGGCUGUGACAGGAAGUCCCCUCGCAGGUCUGACUUCACUGAAAUCGAGAUUCCAGGGAUCCUGCCCCACUAUCCUUCCACCAAUGACCAUCAUCCACCCCAGACCAACUCCUCCUAUCAGCUCUUCCCAUCAAAGGACCCAUCGCCAAUCCCCCCUGCCCCAAGCCCCACCUCUCACUAUCAUGAACAACCCAUACAACCACGACCAAGCAAAAAAAAUGUUGUCCAGGACUCCAUCCUGCCUGCCAAGAACCUGAGGAACAUGUACAUGAACCACUCCGCCAUCAUCAGAGAGACCCCCAGGAGAGAACAGCCUAGGGUGCACCAACAGGAACAAGCCAUCCCUGUACGGAGCAGCAAACUCCCAGCCUUCUACCCAUAUGUGUCCACCUGUGUACCCCACACCCAGGCCUCAGCUCCGUGGGUGGUGGAGCAGCCAGUUGGGCCCCUUGGGGACCACUCCCUCACAGCCCUGCAGAUAGCCAAGUCACUCAGCGAGGUAGACUUCUUCCCAGUGGACCUUGAAGCUCCAUCUACCCCAUGCCAGAGACCGGCCCAGAGGAAUGACCUGGCCAUGGCGGCAGAAAGAGGCUACUGCUGGGAGAAAGAGGUCCUAUAUGGAGCUCCAGAGACGGUGCGAGAACUACUCAGCACCCUGGGUCUACAGAAGUACACUCUGGGACUCAGCCUCAACGGCUGGGACGACCUGGACUACUUCAGUGGCAUCACAGAGGAGGACCUGCGUGCAGCCGGAGUGUCGAACCCGUCGCAUCGCCGGAGGAUCCUGGAGAACCUACCCAGGAUCUGGGAUUCACUAUAGACCUACUCACGUUGUUUGAGUUCUCAAACGGAACUUAAUGGACAUCGGUGACUGAUGCCUGCCCUAAUGGACUACUCGUCCUCUCUUCCACUCACGUCCGUUUAUAUACAGUAAAAAAUAGUUUCUGCAAAUGUUCUAUAACUACGAGCUGUAUGUGGGUCCGAUAUAACUUCGGAACCCAGAACCAUUUCCUGUCUGCGCUGGCCAUGUAUGUGUCAGUGACCCCCUGGCUGACCGUAGAGGCAAAUGUGUACUGGUCUCCCCUCCUGGACUCAGACACUGCGGUGGGGUGAUGGCCACGGUGAUAAGACCCCCGGCCAGACUGGCUCCGGUGGAACUCUCAUGUCAUCAUCACAGGACAUCCUCAGGGGAUUCUGGGACUUUUGGCAGAAUGUCAACAUAGUGAUCCUGUCUGCUCCUCUAUAAACCCAACAGCCUUUGUCCACUACAGUAGGUUAGUUUAAAGCCAGGAACAAGAUGAUAGUGUGGCUGUGAUUCUUUUCAAAUCAUUCUAAUCCAACUGCUACAACUAAUAAUAAUAAGGCUGUGGCUGCGGAGCUGACUUUUCCGGGACUCUGACUUUUUCCCGAGCGCAUGUGUUUCUUUACCUCUACGUUAGGCACAUAUUUUUCUGGUCUCCUUCCCUUCACAUUUCUUGCUGCCAGCGUUUUACUGGUGAAACGUCCAUGCAGCGUCUGCAUACCAACCAUUUGAUCUCAGAUCAGUUUCAUUGGGAUAUGCGCUUAGAUCCUGAGUUAUACUAUACAGUGUUGUUUCCAAGUAGCCUGCAGAGCCUACCUUUGUGUUUUGCCUAGCGGAAUGCGCUGUUGAGUUUUAGCCACAUGAGAGGAAAAUGUGGUGGUGUUUUUUGUCUUACAGUAAUGCAAUGCUAUUAUUUUAUUUUAUUUUAUGUAGAGUACUAUCCUCAUGUGAUCUUGCAGACAUUGAUUCAGCUUUCAUCUAAUGCACUGUAUUUGAUGACGUGAAUACGUAUAUUUAGUAUAGAUUUAUCUAAAAAGGAUAACUUUUUAAAAUAUUUCCCUAUUUAAUUAUUUUAAAUUAAAUUCACUGAGGGGAUGGUCCUCCCCUUCCUUCUCUGAGGAGCCUCCACUGGUUUUCACAUAUAGCUGGGUGUCAUCAGCAGGGGAAUAUCAUUGAUAUUAUCUGUAUGAGUGCUCACCUGAUGCUAACUCAUUACCCUGGUAGUUUACUACAGAUGGUAUUGGAUUAGAUUUUUUUUUUUAA